CUCAAUUGCUUCUCCAUCUCCCUCCCGCCGCUGGUUGUGCCGCCACUCUGCACCAGAAUCACGCAACCAAACCAGGCCCCAAGCCCAAGUCUAAAUGCGCCGCUUUGCGCGCCCGAGUCCGAGUCGAGCCUCCGCCCAUCCCCACAAGAGCUUGGGCGCAUGUGCCGUCGAGUCGUAGUCAAGUGAGACCUGCACCCCUGCGCCGGUGGACGCGGACGUGACCACGGCCAUGGCCUCGCAGACCAACGACGCCGAUGCGGCAGCCUCUGUGGCAUUGCCCAAGAAGACGCUGUCGAGGGCUGACCUGCACCAGCGCCGCCAGUCGACUGACCGGAUUAAUGACAUUCUUGAGACAGCUUUGCAACGGGCGGAAACCAUGGAUCCCGCGUCUUUGAGCCUCCUCCAGAAAAGCUCCUCCCGCAGUGCCAGCGCCGACAAUGGCGCCUCGGCAGCGAUGGGAAGAGGCAUCUCGGGCUACCAGACGCUUCCGACGAGCGAUGAAAGCGACACCUCGCGCCCGAGAAAAGUUUCAUACAGCGAUACGACGAAGAAGAAUGAGGACCACCCCAGAGACCAAAGCCAUUAUUUGAGGCGGCGCAACGGGGCCGCCAGCUCGGAAGAUGCAGACGCGCCCGCAAAGGCCAAGUCAUCGAAGCCAUCGUGGACGAAGGAGACGUUUCGCAAGUUCCAAUCCCUCGAAUUGGAGAACAAAGGAAGUGUCGCAAGAGACCAUCUCGCGCUCGAGCGCACCUUUCUAGCAUGGCUACGAACCUCUUUAGCCUUUGCAUCUAUUGGCGUCGCCGUGACGCAGCUGUUUCGCCUCAACACCGACUCUGCCUCUGCGAACAGGGUCGAUUUCGACCACACAAAACUGCAAAAGAUGGGCCGGCCAUUGGGUGCGACAUUCCUCGGGAUCAGCAUCGUGACGCUGCUGCUGGGCUGCAAACGCUACUUUCACGCACAGGAAUGGAUCCUCAAGGGCAAGUUUCCGGCCAGUCGCGGGACCAUCCUCGUCAUGUCAUUUGUGGCGCUGGCCCUCAUGAUUUUGUCACUGGUGGUUGUCAUUGUCAUACAACCUUCGUAAUGUGGUGCUGGGUGAUUGGAGGAGAGCAUCUUUUUCUUAUCAUCAUCACUUUUGAAGAAUUAUGCAAAGCAGCUACAUGCUUUUGGGACAGCAUUGGGAUUGGCGUAGAGAUAUUUGGGUUUUGGAUUUUGGAUUUGUUACUCUUUGGUGUAGAGAAAUAUGGUGUAUCAGGCGCAUGUCUGCAUGUGGAUCAAAGCAAAUCUCAUCAAUUAAUACCUAUUUGGCAAUUCGGCGCCUUGAAAAGAAAGAAUUGGACAUGUAUAGAACAGAUCACUCUUACCAAUUGACUCGUUUUACUUGUGCACUCGUCUGCCAUACAUGUGAAAAUGUGCUGUGCCG